AUGACGAUCGACGUGGAUACGGUGCUCAAGGGCAAAUACCCUGCCAAAGCCCAUGCCAAACGUGUUGUCGAGUACAUUCGAACCCAAAUACCGGACGCAAGCGGUGUCAUUUACCUCGAAGGCCGAUCAGAUGCACUCCUCGAAGACUCGGACGAACCGGUGCCUUUUCGUCAGCGCCGAGCUUUCAUGUACCUGUCUGGCGUCGACUUGCCUGACUGUUAUUUGAUCUACGACAUUGCGAAAGAGCAACUGACCCUCUUUAUUCCUCCCGUCGAUCCAGAGUCUGUGAUAUGGGCCGGACUGCCACUGACGCCCGAGGAGGCUCUCGCCAAGUACGACGUGGACACAGUGCUACCCAGCACCGAGCUGAAUGCCACCUUGGCCAAGCUAGGCAGCGAGAGGAAGGGCAAGGAUAGCAGUGUGUUUGCCAUUGCGGAACGCGUUGCGGAUCACGUCACAUUCCUCGAGUUUGACAGCAAGAACCUCACCAUCUUGGGUGAAGCGAUUGAUGAGUGCCGCGUGAUCAAGGACGAGUUCGAAAUUGCCUUGAUACGAAAAGCCAACAUUGUUAGUGGUGCUGCGCACAAGGCCGUAUUUGAGAGUGUAAAGAAGGCCAAGAACGAGUUUGAGCUUGAGGGCGUCUUUCUCGGCGAGUGCAACAAGUGGGGAGCCAAGAAGCAGGCAUACCCGAGCAUCGUUGCCAGUGGUAGAGCAGCCGCUACGCUACACUAUGUCCACAAUAAUCGCGAACUUUACGUUGAAGGAGCGGCCAAGGAUCUGUUGCUCGUAGAUGCUGGCGCCGAAUGGGAUUGCUACAGUGCCGACAUUACAAGAACAUUUCCAAUCUCUGGCAAGUUUACGCAAAAGUCUCGAGCCAUUUAUGAUAUUGUCCUCAAGAUGCAGCACGAUUGUAUCGCAAUGCUGAAGGAGGGCGUAUCCUGGGAUGACGUUCAUCUUCUUGCCCAUAAAAUCGCUAUUGAUGGACUUCUCUCGUUGGGUGUCUUGAAGGGAGACAAGGAGGAUAUACUCAAGGCACGAACCAGCGCAGCAUUCUUGCCUCAUGGAUUGGGACAUUACCUUGGAAUGGAUACGCACGACACCGGAGGCCACCCCAACUACUCUGACCCAGACCCCCUAUUCCGGUACCUUCGCGUGAGAAGAAAUCUACCGGCUGGAAGUGUCAUUACCGUGGAGCCUGGCAUUUACUUUUGCGAGUUCAUCAUUCGACCGUACCUCAAGGAUCCAAAGCAUUCGCAGUUCAUUGAUGAAAAGGUUCUAGAUGGAUACUGGGAUGUUGGUGGCGUUCGCAUCGAGGAUAACAUUUUGAUUACCAAGGAUGGAUCUGUUAACUUGACGGAUGUAGUGAAGGAUCCUGUUGAUUUGGAGAAGAUUAUUCAACAAAGCUGA